CCAAACAAAAAAACAAGCCAAGAAAAGGCCACCUCAGUGAGAGAGGGAAGGGAGGGAGGGAGGGAGGAGGGAGAGAUCUCCUGCUGCCUCGCGAUUUCCGGCGGCAAAAAGGUUCGAUUUUGAUCCCCGUCUCCGGAUUCGCCCAGCCCCGAUUUGCCCUUGCGGCGCGGCCUCGCUGGUUUCUGCAAGUGAUAGAGAAAGAUCCCGAUUUUAACAGUGGCAGUUCGUGGCCCGCCCGCUUCUGCUUCUGGUUUUGGGCGAUUCGGCGGUUGCUGGACUGGAGGGAGUCGCGGGUGCAGUGUUCUGGUUCGGAUCUGAGCGGGUGUUGGGUGUUUUCAACUCUAAUUCGGGCGAGCAAUGAGGGUUCUUGAUGCGUGACCUGAUGCGGGAGGCGUAUUGGGAGAAGAUCUCUUGAAGUUUUUUUUUUUUUGGUUUUGGUUUGUUUGGGGGGUUUCCUUGGAGUGGAGUCUCUUGCCCGGAUCGCCACACUCGUUCUAUGGGCUGUGUCAGUUCGAAGCAAUUCCAUGGCGAGGAGCAGCGUGGCGGCGAGGGGAAGCCCCGGCGGCGCCCAUCUAGCAACUCUCUGAGGCGUCUUGUUAGUUACAAUUCCAGCAAGAGGCAUGAGCACUUUGAGGAGGAGGAUGAAGAAGGUGUGGUUGUGUCAGCCACCUCCUCCAGUGCUGGACAUCGUGUAGGGAAUGAUGUGAGCACGGCUAGGCUCAUCCGGAAGCCCCCCGCGCCGGUGGUUGAGGCUGUGGCUGUGCCUGUGGCUGCAUUGCCAGAUGAGGCGGCUUCUGUGGCGGUUAGCGUGGUUGAUGUGGAGAGGCCAGUUGCCGCGCCUGCGAAUUGGAGGCGUGCUCCGAAUGGCGCGGCGGAGCAAGAGCCUAGGAGUGGUGGUACAAGGAGUGAGGCGAAACCGAGGAUUACAGAUGUUGUGCCCAAUGGAGUGCAGGGGGGGCAUGCGGCAGCUGGCUGGCCAAGGUGGCUCACAGAGGUCGCAGCAGAGGCAGUCCGUGGGUGGCAACCUCGGAAGGCAGAGUCUUUCGAGAAGUUGGACAAGAUAGGGCAAGGUACAUACAGUAGUGUUUACAAAGCACGUGAUCUUGAGAGUGGAAAAAUUGUGGCACUUAAGAAAGUUCGGUUUGCCAACAUGGACCCUGAGAGCGUGCGGUUCAUGGCAAGGGAAAUUCACAUCUUAAGAAGACUUGAUCACCCAAAUGUUAUUAAGCUUGAAGGUUUGGUGACGUCGCGCAUGUCUAGUAGCUUGUAUCUUGUAUUUGAAUACAUGGAGCAUGAUCUAGCGGGACUUGCAGCUACACCUGGCAUAAAGUUCACAGAGCCUCAGGUCAAGUGUUACAUGCAACAACUACUCUCUGGACUUGAACACUGUCAUAAUCGUGGUGUUUUGCAUCGGGAUAUAAAGGGCGCAAAUCUCCUCAUUGACAACAAUGGUGUUCUCAAAAUAGCAGACUUUGGUCUAGCCACAUUCUUUAAUCCUAACCAAAAGCAACAUUUGACAAGUCGUGUGGUAACAUUAUGGUACCGACCUCCUGAACUAUUGCUGGGUGCUACUAACUAUGGUGCUGCUGUUGAUCUCUGGAGUGCUGGUUGCAUUCUUGCGGAAUUGCUGUCUGGGAAGCCUAUCAUGCCAGGGCGAACAGAGGUGGAACAAUUGCACAAAAUAUUUAAGCUUUGUGGUUCACCAUCAGAGGAUUUCUGGGCUAAUUUGAAGUUGUCACGUGCUACAAUAUUCAAGCCACAACAUCCUUAUCGUCGAUGUGUGAAUGAUGUAUACAAGGAUUUCCCUCCUCCGGCUUUAGCGCUAUUGGAUUGUUUACUUGCUGUAGAACCUCAGAAUAGGGGUACUGCUGCUUCGGCCCUUGGAAGCGAAUUCUUCACGACAAAGCCUUAUGCUUGUGAUCCAUCAAGUCUACCUAAAUAUCCUCCAAGCAAGGAAUAUGAUGCUAAGCUUCGAGACGAGGAGGCUAGAAGGCAAAGAGCAGCUGCAGUUAAAGGACAUGAAUCUGAAGCUGGGCGUAGAAAGCAACUUCCAGCACCAAAUGGCAACAACGAAUUGCAGCAACGACGGGUUCAGCUUAAUCCAAAAAGCAGCAGUAAUAAGUUUAUUCCAAAGGAGGAUGCUGUCACUGGCUUCCCAAUUGAUCCUCCAGGAAGAGCUGGAGACAAUGUUUACCCUCAGCGUGCGCCUCUGAUGCAUGCUGGUCGUUCAUCCUCUACUCUGGGCCGAUCAAGUGGCACUGAUCAGAAUGCUCAGAGGUUUUACACAUCUCAAAUUGCUGCUGCUGAGAUGUCUACUGCAACUGGUGGGCAGCGAGGCAAUGCCACUAAGCUGUCCUCCAACCUUGGGGAGAGUGCCAGGAGACAAUAUUUGAGAGAGCAUCGAUCUAGUUCAAGAUAUAGUCAACUUGCUGCUGCUGAACCCUCUGACAGACCUGAAUGGACACACCAAUUCCAAGAAAGACCAUCAUCUUCCCACCGCAAAGAUGAUGGGGCAGCAAAUAAGGAACCUACUGUGGUGAAUGGCGCUAAGAAGAGCAGGAUCCACUACUCAGGACCAUUAAUGCCUCCUGGAGUAAACAUGGAAGAAAUCCUUCGAGAGCACGAGCGGCAGAUCCAACAAGCUGUACGGAGGGCGCGCCUCGACAUGGGAAAGGGCAAGAAUCACGUCGAGAGAGACCAGUCGGAAUCGCUUCUGUACACUACCCAGAAUGGCAGACCGCUCGCCUCCUUCUACCUAGCCCUCGCCGACCUCCCGGCCGCGCGGGCCGCCGUCGAGCAGGCGGCGGGGAAGGCGCGGGCGUUCCCCUGGAACCUGCUUAUAUGGGGCUACGCCGGCCGUGGGCUGUGGGAGGACGUGAUCUUGUCGUACGAGAAGAUGGUGGGGUGGGGCGUCGCCGCCGACAGGUUCACGUACCCGUCGGUUCUGCGUGCCUGCGGCGAGCUCCGGGAGGUCACCAUUGGCCGGAACAUUGAGCAGCGCAUUCGGAGGUGUAGAUAUGGUCUGGACAUGUAUGUCUGGAAUGCUUUGGUGGGGAUGUAUGCCAAGUGUGGGGAGCUGGAGGAUGCCCGGAGGGUGUUUGAUGGAAUGGCUGUGAGAGAUGUUGUCAGCUGGAAUACGAUGGUGUCCGCGUAUGCGUCGACGGGGAAGUCGAAUAAGGCAUUUGAGCUUUUACAGCAGGUUCCUGGUGCAAACGUUGUCACGUGGAAUGCGGUUGCAGCAGGGAAUUUGAAGGCGGGGAACUACGAUGAAGUGAUUAGGUUGGUGUCUCAGGUGAGAGGAUAUCAUGGGACAGGGGUGGAUUCUGUGACCAUCGUGAUUGGGCUCAAGGCGUGUGGUAGGACCGGGUAUUUGAGUGUUGGUAGGGAGUUGCACGGGGUGGCUGUUCGUCUAUGCUUUGAUAGCCUUGAGUGCGUGGUGAAUUCGUUGAUAACUAUGUACUCAAGAUGUGGGAUGAUGAGCUCUGCCUGCCUUCUGUUUAGAGCAUGCUCAGUUCGGAGCAUCACAACCUGGAACUCACUGCUUGCAGGAUUUGCAUUCAUGGAACAGAUCGAGGAAGCUUCUUUGAUUUUCAGAGAGAUGAUCGGUUUUGGUGUCUGUCCAAAUGGUGUUACUGUCUUAACUAUGCUUUCCCUUGGUGCACGGGUUGGACACCUCUGUCAUGGAAGGGAGCUGCACUGCUACAUCCUUAAGCAUGAGCUGGAUAGCUCUAAACUAAUGGAAAAUUCACUUGUCGACAUGUACUCCAAAUGUAGACAAAUGGUAGUUGCACAGAGAGUGUUUGAACUGAUGCAAUUUCGAGACAAGCAUGCCUACACAUCACUGGUUUUGGGUUAUGGAUUGCAAAGAGAGGGACAUGUAUCACUGAAGCUCUUUGAUGAGAUGAUUGUGAACAGUAUAGAGCCGGACCAUGUAACUUUCGUUGCAGUUCUAUCAGCAUGUAGCCACUCUGGGCUAGUAACUCAGGGGCAGCUACUAUUUGCCAAGAUGGUUUCUAUAUUUGGUAUUGCACCAAGAGUGGAGCAUUUUUCUUGCAUGGUUGAUUUGUACUGCCGUGAAGGUUUGCUCAAGAUGGCUGAGGUGAUAAUUGACAAGAUGCCAUUUCAACCAACUGCUGCAAUGUUAGCAACUCUUAUUGAGGCUUGCCGAAUCCAUGGUAAUACGGAAAUCGGGGAUCGGGCUGCAAAGAAGUUGCUGGCUAUGAGGACAAACAACCCUGGUCAUUACAGAUUGAUUGCAAACAUGUAUAUAGCAGCAAAAUGCUGGCCAGAACUAGCUAAAGUGAGAUCACUAAUGAGCACCCUGGAGCUAAAUAUGAUUCCUAGUCAUUCUUUGCUGGAGUCAGAAUAUGACGUGUGUCCAGUCGAGCAAGAUAAUUUCCUGAAUCAUGUCACAUAUGGUUUGUCAUCUGACCACCUGACUGAUACUGAUUCCUCUAGUAGCGAGGAAGUGAAGUGCAGUGAAGCUUUUGGUGGAUAGUAAUAGAGCAAGAAUGGAAUAGGUUAUUUUUGGACUGCUUUUUAUGUGAAGGCCAUGGAACUUUCCGAAAAGUUUCAAGAGGAGGAUGUGAAAGAAUUCAAAGAACAAGAUAACCGAGGACAUUAUGUUUAGGGUCUAGCCAAGCAGUAGAGGCAUUUGAAGAGAACUGAGGUGAAGGAUGUUGCGUGCGUCGCCCAAGCAGCAUCUCCAUCUAGCUGUGCUCCAACAACUAAGGCGUGGAGUUUGUCCAUUCUGCGCCACCUGGCAUCGUUGCUUCGCUCUUCAUCCACGGUUGGUCUGCUCCUUCUUCCCGCUCAAUGGCUGGACUGGACUCCUUUCCGGUUAAGAACGCCACGGCGAUGAACAUGCCAUCAGAGAGCUCAGUUACCUGAUGAUGCUAUGCUCCGGCCGCGCUGGAGAAGCUCCUCUCCGACGAGGAGUUCAUGGACGCGGUGACCACGGCGUCAGCUGCAGGCUAAUUACAUCCACUGCGAGCUCCAAUCAUGUACUUGUAUUAUUAUGUCAUCACUGACACAGUGUCGCUUAACUAAAUGUUCAACGGAUGAAUGCGACAGAAUUGGGGCAGAAUCGAUUGAUCUGAAAUGCAAAAUCUGACGCAUGCGCAUCGCAGGCACUGAAUUUAACUGGAGGCUCUUCUCUUCUUCAGCUACGAAGUAUUAUCAACUGUUGCCUCUCCAUAUCACAAUUACACAAUUUUUAUUA